AUGAUCAGAACAAUCAAACCAAAGAACGCCCGUUCCAAGAGAGCGUUGGCUAACAAGGAGGCGAAACUUGUGGAAAACACAAAAAGUGCCCUUUUUGUUCCUGGAUCCACAGGCAACAAAUUCUUACACGAUGCCAUGGUGGACUUGAUGGCCUUGAAGAAACCCGAUGCCAAAAUGUUCACCAAGAAGAAUGAAGUAAGACCUUUCGAGGAUGCCUCCACCCUCGAAUUCUUUUCCGAGAAGAACGAUACCUCCUUGAUGGUGUUCUCCACAUCCAACAAGAAAAGACCCAACACCCUUGUUUUCACUAGGUUCUUCAAUCACGCAGUCUAUGAUAUGAUCGAAUUAUCGAUUCAAAAUAACCACAAGCUCAUCACCGAAUUCAAGAAGCUCACGUUUAAUAUUGGUCUCAAACCAAUGUUCACAUUCAACGGCCCUGCUUUCGACUCCCAUCCAGUAUAUCAGCAAGUGAAGUCAUUGUUCAUGGACUUUUACCGUGGUGACCAGACUGACCUUCAGGACGUGGCGGGUUUGCAAUACAUCAUCUCUCUCUCCGUUGCCGAAAUCGAGGACCCAAAUUCCAAGGAGUUACCACUAGUGCAUUUCAGAGUAUACAAGUUGAAGUCAUACAGGAGUGGGCAGAAGUUGCCCCGUGUUGAGGUGGACGAAAUAGGCCCCAGAUUUGACUUCAAGAUCGGCAGGAGAUUGACUCCUGCGCCAGAGGUCGAAAAGGAGGCGCUUGCCAAACCCAAGCAGCUCCAGCCAAAGGAGAAGAAGAAUGUUACGAUGGACUCUAUGGGUGAUAAGGUGGCCAAGAUCCACGUGGGCAACCAGGACUUGAGCAAGUUGCAGACAAGGAAGAUGAAGGGUCUCAAGCUGAAGUAUGACCAGGUCGACGAAACAGAGUUCGACGAGGAGGAUUACAUCGAAGAGCCAGCAGAGAAGAAGCAAAGAACUGAGUAA